AUGACAACCCCCACCCCAACAAAAUACAAACUCAUCUUCUUCGUCCCCCCCUCCGCCCUCGAAGCCUGCAAAACAGCCAUCUUCGCCGCCGGCGCCGGCCGGUAUCCCGGUUCCGGCAACUACACCGAAGUGUGCUUCACAUCAUUCGGUACGGGCCAGUUCCGGCCCGGCGCGACGGCCAAUCCGCAUAUUGGUACGCCAGGCACGCUGGAGGAGGUGCAGGAGGCGAGGGUGGAGAUUUUAUGCGUUGGGGAGGAGGUGGUGAGGGGGGCUGUUGGGGGUUUGAAGAGGGCUCAUCCGUACGAGGAACCGGCAUACGAGGUGUACAAGUUGGAGGAUUUCUAA